AUGAGCGAUCAGGACCGAUAUAGUUCCAAUCAGCAGCCGCAUUCGAACAGUUCGUCCAUCCUUAAUGGUAGCGACAAUUCAACGACACCGUCGGCCUUUUGGCGUAAUCCAGCAUUCUCUUCUUCCAACAAUGUCCCUGCUCGCAUGCGACCCAUGGAAUCCCCUCCUCAACCACCACCACCCUCACAACCACUUGGCAGAGAAGAUAUGUUUAGACGUCAUGAACCACCCGUCUCUUCAUCACCCACACUGAAUAUGGCACCAAGGAUACCCUCCUAUUCUAUUCCAAUGUCUCAACAAGCACCGCCUACACUUCCCCGACCCUCCCCACUGCCACCAGGCUAUGAACAGCAGCAACAACAACAACAACAACCACUACCACCACUCUCAUCAUCAUCACCAUCAUCAUCCUCUCCUCAAGCAUUACAACAACAACAACAUACAUCACCACCCCAACAACCAAUCAGAAACUCAAGCCCAAAUGCAUCAUCAGGACGAAGAACGAGAAUCACUCGUGCCUGCGAUACAUGUCGACGUAAAAAGAUCAAAUGCGACGUUGACACUGCUUUCCCAUGCACCACCUGCAAACAAUACGAUUGGGAGUGCACCUUCAAUGAUACUGCCAAAAAGCGUGGACCUCCUAAAGGAUACAUUGAGAGUUUGGAGACUCGGUUGAAAAAGAUGGAAGAGCUAUUGGAACAAAUGCAAUCUGGCAAACCCUCAGCAGUCAAGGAAGAACCAUCCUCGUCAUCAUCAUCAUCAUCAGCUGCAGCUAUGGAAAGAGACACUACACCACAUAAGCGGAAACGUUCGCAAGAUGAAUCGGUUGCCUCUUCUUCUCGAAACCCAGAUGACAAAAGUGAUGACUUAUCAGACGGCGGCAACAAAGUAGUCCGAUACCAUGGCAGCUCAUCUGGCUUUUAUCUGAUGCGUAAUAUGUUACCCAAUGACGCCAAGCCAUCUGAUCACGGCAUAUCCAUGCAACCCGUUGGCAGUGAUACGUUUCCUACACCCAGCACAACGCCGGCUUAUCGCAUCCGAAAGUUGAAUGGCUUUGAUGACGACUUGAUGCUUGUUCGGGAUGCCAUGGAUUCCGAGAACAGCAAAGGCAAAGAUACCGAACGUAUGGAUGACCUCGUGCCUCGCAAGAUCAUGGAUACUUUAAUAUAUGUCUAUUUUGACAUGGCCAAUGCUACCUUGCCCAUUGUCAACAAGCAGGAAUACUUGGAUGCCUAUCAUGGACAAACUCAAUCGCCACCCUCAUCGCUCUUGACAUACGCCAUUUGUACCUAUGCUUGUUUCAUGAUAAGCUCGGAGCACCCUGUUUUUCAAGAAUGUGGCAUGAGCUGUGAUCAAGUGUUUCACGCAUUGAUUGACAGAGCCAGUCAGCUGAUUCGUCGGGAUUAUUUGACAUCGGGCAUAUCGACCAUCAAGGCACUUGUGAUCCUUUGCAGUCAACCUACCUAUUCUACAAGUUCGUACCGUAAUUGGAUCUUGGCUGGUAUGGCUGUACGCAUGGCACAAGAUCUAGGAUUGCAUCGUACGUUACGUAAUGAAGAAGCAUCCAAAGAUCACAUUGAAGCUCGAAAGCGACUCUGGUACAGUGUCUAUGUGACGGAUCGUUGGUGUUGUGCAGCCAUGGGACGACCUUUGGCUAUUGCGGACUCUGAUUGUGAUGUGGAUUUGCCUGAUCCCAAAGGCACGGGUCACGAGGAUUACAAUAUCUUUGUCAAUUUCAUCAAACUCUCUGGCAUUUUGGGUGAAUUAUUACGGCGUAUUUAUUCGCCCAAAGCCAAGGCGGCAGGAUACAAAGGCGUGGUAGUGGAACAAACAGUGGCCAGCUUACAAAAGAUGCUUGAUGAUUGGCUUGAGCAAUUACCGGAUGAUUGCAAGAUCAGUGCUGAAGACCUUACUGAGAUACAUCGAGACCCAGGUCGUUUUGCUCAUUCCAAGAAAUUGGAACAAGGUGGACCCUUGACGGUGUGUUACCAUUCCAUCACGCUUCUUUUGCAUCGACCUUUUAUUGUCCUUGACGAGCAAAAUGAUGAGGGGAAUCAAGAAGAAAACAAAUUGUUCAAAGAAGCAUCACGCCGAUGUUUGGAAGCUGCCAAACUCACCAUUGAAAUCGCACGUGUGGUACCUGCACCCAGCAUAGCACGUUUUGGUUGGAACUUUUCAGUGUAUGCUGUAUUCCAGGCUACAUUGAUCCAUGUAUACAAUUGCACAAGCACGGAUGCCAAUAUCAGCAAAGAGGCUCACGAUUAUGUCCAUAUCGGCAAGGAAUGUUUGACAGCAUUGACACGUGACAUCCCUUAUGGUCCACCCAUCAUUCCAUUCCUAGAAAAGCUCAUUGCUCUUCUUGGCGCUGACUCUUUCAAACGUAAAAAGGAGGAUGAAUCGGACCAACAACAACAACAGCAAGAACAAUCAAGCUUGUCAUCAGGAAAUGGUAGUACAAACGCAUCAUCCAACGCAACAGCAGCAGCAGCAACAACAACAACAACAGGAUCAGCCAUGGCAUCCUCCAAUACAGCAUCAGCAGCACAACAACAACAACAACAAUCCUCGAAUGGCUCUCCUAUGAGUGUGCAGCAAAUCGUCGCUGAAAGUACAGAACCACCAGCACAAGCAACAUGGCAACAACUCUUUUCGUCUGCUGGAACACCAUUUACCAAUGAUUCGACAGGAUUUGAUUUGCAAGCAUGGACCAACUUUUUGUCAGGAAGCCAAUCCACCGAUCCGCUAUUUUUCAUACCAUAA